UUAGAAUUAAAAAAAAUCACAUGGAAAACAAUCACUUAUUUUCUUUUUCAAAUGAUAUAUUUGAAGCAAUGGAGAACAUGGAACUUAGAUUGCUGGAGAUGCAAAUGUUUUGUGAUGAACAAAACAAAAAGCGUUUGGAUUUGGAAAAUAAAAAUUACAUCAUAGAGAAAGAGUUUUUAAAGCAAAAACAAGACCUUGAACUAGAAAUAUUAAAGCUUAAAAAAGUUUAUAUUCAUGACAUGAAUAUAAAAUGUUUAAAAGAUAAUUUUGUACCUCCAUUAUGGAUCCAGAACAACACUUUCGAAAAAGAUGAUAUCAUUGCUCAACUUAAAGAACAAAAUAACAUUCUUCGGCUGUCUAUUGAAGAAAAAAAUGCAUACAUUGAAAAUUGCAAAUGGAAAUUAAAAGAAGCUGAAACAACUAUAACAUUAUUGACUGCUGAACGCACUCAAAUUGCCCUUGAAGCAGAUGAACUUGCCUUACGUGUUGAUCAAUAUGAAUGUGCAUUAGAGUUUGGAAAAGUUCCGGUGAAUAAAUGUUCUUCAAAAUUAGCUUGUUUAGAUCGAGUCAAAAGUUCUUACCCUAAAAAUGGUAAUUCUGUUUCAAGUAUAAAUAGUGUACCAGAUACUGAGUAUGAUGAUUUUAGUGACUACGAAAAUUCAGGUAAUGCUUUAGUACGUGCUGCAAAUUUUACAAACAUUUGUGCACUUGAUGAAACACUGGAUUUCAAGAUGGAGUUAGAUAAGCAAUCUAUUGCUAGCGGAAAUGACAUUUUUUGGUCUGCAAAAUUUCCUUCCAGUUGGCUUUCUACUUCUAUUAGUAGUUUGAAUAAAAAUGGCUCACAUAAUAGUUUGCAAAAUAUAGAUGACAUUUUAGAUUCAUCUGAUCCAAAUAUUAAUGAUAAAUUUACUAUUAAUCAAGUAACCCAUUUAGAAAGCAGUAAAAAUGAAUGGUACCCCUUCAGCAGUGAUACGGACAUUCCUUCUGAUACUAGUGCAUCUUCACCAAUAUCAAAUUUUCCAAUUUUAAGUAAUGUUAAAAGGAAACGUACUUCAGAUAUUGACUCUAAAACUGUUGAUUUAUUUAGUGGCGAUUUUUCGAAAUUAUCUAUGGAAAUACUUUCUCCAAUGUCUAGCAACUAUGACAUUGAUUAUGGGGAAUUAUUUUCAACAGAAGUCAUUAACAAAAAAUCUGGAUUUAAAGAAUUUGAAAAUAUCUCUCAGAACCAAUUUGUAGUUGUACCCCAAAUUAUGCACACAAAAAAAUCUGACAUAAUAUCAUCAGAUGAAUUAUUUUCUACUUUUCCCGCAAAAUCAAAAUUGAUUGUAAACAAUGAUAAAAAUGAAUUAAUUGCAGAUGGUUUAGGAAAAAAAUUUCCUGCCUUCAGCAAAGAUUUGAAUUUAUCAAGCAAUUAUUCUGAGGACUUGAACAAAAACAUUGAUGAAAUAGAUUCAGUUGUUGUUAAGCUUGAAAAUUCUGCUGAAAGUGGUAUUUUUUGUUCUGAUAAAUCAGAAUCAGAUAUACGAAGUUCAACUUCAUCACUAUGUCGACAUAAUUCUGACUGUUUACCUGAGUCUUCUGCUAUUUGCAUAAAAAAGUUGACACGUAAUAAAAGUGAUCCCCAAUUUGGUUGCCAAUUUGUAAAGAAAAAUAAGAAGCCUCUUAGUUUACUAAGAUAUGAGGAAUGGCUUGAUAGUGGCAAAAUAGGCAAACCCCCUGUACAAAUAUCUGAAUGCUAACGACAAAUACGAAAUAAUGGGUUAAUAAAUUAUUUGUGUUUCUAAAAUAAAGAAUUAUGACGUAAUGUAUUAUUUCUUGAAUAGUCUUUUUAUUAUCUUUUUUAUUUAUGAUGAUUUUUUCAGUUAUUUUGGUUUUCUUUAUUUUGUAAUUAUAAAAUUUAAUAAAGACAUAUUUUUAUAUUACU